UAGUCGCAUCAACAGAAACCACGACUGCAUCAUUUAUAUUUUCAUUUGUGGAAAAAACAAGCACGAAAAAAGUCUCAUUUAUUUUAUACAAGAAUGUAUCAUUUUUUAAAAAAUACAUCAUAAACUCAAGGCAUCCUUUCUGAAAGCAAUUGUGAAUGUAAUUUUCUUUUAUAUGUGCGUGUUGAAAUAGUUUGCGCAUUUGAAAAAUACGCAAUAAAUACUCUGCCAAGCACUUCUAUUGUGAAAAAAUAUAUACAGUGAAUGAGAUUGCAAGAUGGCCGCACAGUGAAAGUUGUAUGGGAUAUUUGUGUUUGGUGGCAGAAGAAAAAAAAAACCAAAGGAGAUAACGCUUUUAAAUCGUUUUGGUGUUGAAUGAAGAGUGAAAUAAUUUGAAAAAAAAUUGUGGGAAAUAGAAAAUCAGCAAAAUCCUCGAAAACAAAGUCAACGUUAUGGCAAAAUCAAGCAACAGAAAAUCAAUCGAACCAAUGGAAGACGAUGAAGAUUUGGAAUUAUUACGAUUGGAAGCAUUAAAAUCAUUGAAAAAAGACACUGCUCCAGCUGUGUCUACAUCAAAAUCAAUUGCAGAUAGUCAUGUAAUUCCGGUAGUGGGUAAUGUUCGGCCAACAGCAAUGACUGUGGCUGCGACGGCGCUGCCCGUCGAUAAAUUUUAUGCACCAUGUGAACCAGUUUUGGUUCAACCGAAUUUAAUUCAUCAUCCUGUGCCACCGUACGUAAAUUCAGGCUUCGAAAAAAUGGAAAUUAGUGAGCCAUAUCUACCACAAAGACUGAAUCCACCACCUCCAUUCAAUGAGUAUGUCCCAUUUAGUGUUGCAUCAAAUGCACCGCCCAUCAUAGAUCCCAUAACAAAUGUUCAGCUAUCACCACGGACGGCGGCAUUUGUUUAUGAAAAUAAACAAAUUAUUCAACGAAGACAGGGAAAAUCACCAUCACAUUCACCAGUACCAUUUCGAAAGUCGCCCGGUCGUUGGUCACGUUCACCAUCGCCAGAAAGUUGGAAAUAUCGUCGAAGCACCAAAUCACGUUCACCCGCCUAUCCAAAUCAUUCGCCGCAUUUUCGAAAUCGUUCGGUGUCCCGUUCACCACAACGUAAAUUGCAACGCCAUUCACCGCAACCAACACAUAGUCGACGAAAUCGUACACGAUCUCCAAUUGCACGCAAUAAUUUCGAUGGUGCUCAUCGCACGGAACGACGCAGUCCAAUCUCAAAUCGACGAGCAAACUCACCAAAUAGUCGACAACCGCCGCGAACAUGGCACGGACAUCCGGGUCAACGUGACAAUGGGAUGUAUUCAAGAAAAUCCGGUUCGCCACGUGGUGAUGAAUUGAAUCAUCGGCGACGGCGUACACGAUCACCAACAAAUGCCAAAUCAGAUGUAAAGCGACGCACAUCAAGCCGAUCACCAAAUCGUAAAUUUGCUCGAAAUAAUUUGAAUCGACCACCACGAAGAAGCCCACCAUCGAAACGAUUUAAUAACGGCAAUAAAUCAAGCCAUAGUGGAGCACGUAAUCGUUAUAAUCAUGGCCAAAGAAAUGGGUCACCUUCUUUGCAUCAUCGUUCACAUUCACCAUCGACGAACCAUCACCAUCGACGACGAUCACCCACGAAAAAUACCAUGGAAAAUGGUAGCACGUCGAGUAAAUCGAAUAACAAAGAUCAUUUGACAUCGGAUCAAAAUGAACAACAAUCAAUGGAUGUGACAUCGAAAAAUGAAAACGAUGAAAAUACAAUGAACAAUAAGAAAGACCAAAAUGGUGAAGAUGAUAUACGAGCAUCGUCUGAUAGUGAAAAUUCAGAUAGCGAUAAUAAUGAUGGCAUUGAUCUAUUUGCAUCUGAAGAAAGUGAAUCAGAAAAUGAAGGAAGAUUCAAAUUGAGCUCAAGAAGUGAACGUAAGACAAAUGUGCCAACGGUUUCAUUUUCGGAACUGGGAAAAACAACAACAGCACCAGCUGAAGUUUUAUUGCGCGAUCUUGAUGAUUUACAGACCGAAUCGAAUUCACAUAGACGUGGACCAUCACGCAGAGAUAACGAUCGGAAUCGGAAUCGAAGAGACGAUAGAAGAUAUAAUAAUAGAGAUCGUGACAGAGAUAAUAAAGAUAGGGAACGAGAUAGAGAGCGCGAAAGGGACAGAAAUCGAAGAGAUAAAGAACGCGAAUCAAGCAAAUCCAAAUCAAGUGGCUCAUGGAAAAGCUCAAAAACUGAAGAUAGCCGCAAGAAAGAGGAGAGAAGUAAUGACGGAAAUGUCAAGGGUGAGAAAAAACAUUUCAAAUCUACAUUUGCAACGGUUGAAAGCGAACCACGGACCAAAUCACCAGAUGGAGAGAAACCUGUGGACGUGAAAAAUAAUGAGAAACGUAGCACAAUACAACUUAAGCGUUCAACUAAAUCGAGCGAAAAGAAUGUGGACACAAAGAAUCUUCAAUCAACGGUGGUUGGUUCAUCAACAUCUGAAAAGCGUGCAUCACCAUCCAAUGAAAGUUCAACGACGGCAAAGAAACCAAUUCAUUUGCGACUUGGUGCUAUGACCAAUAAAUGGAAACCUAGUAAAAAAACAUGGAGAACAGAAAAGGUUUAGAAACAGACUAUUUCCAAUUGAACUACUAUCACACACACAACACAUUUAAAACCGCCACUUCAAAUCUCUCAACAAUACAAAUCAACCAAAUAAAGACCAUCACACCAGAUUUGAAGUUACUGCAUGUGUUCGGCCUCAAUAAUUACUGCACGGAAUGACAUUUUCAUCACAAGCGUUUGCCAGCACGACGUGAUCGUUAUAGAGAGAAUGAAAGAAUAUUGCGCAUGUUUCAACACACAGACGCCACAAUAAAAGCAACGAUCCUGGAGAAGGUCGACAUCUUUUGGGCUCGAAAUCGCAUCAAUUCACCCUAAAAACAAUUUUUCCCUUCUUUUUAUUUUGUUCAUUGUCAACUAAAACUAAUCUGAAAGUUCAUAUUGUUGAUUUUGUUUCGUGUGAUUUGUGUACAUUUAUU